AUGGACGUCCGCAACCCUUUCUCAGACAGUGCGGCACCCAGUGUUGUGGCUAGUGUUGCAUCCGGUGCUACCCAUUCUGCUCAAGACAGUAUUGGUGAGUUCCCUUUUCGAGAUUCAACCUACACUCGUGCGCCUGUGAAACGGAGAUUUAAGAGCUAUCUCUUAACCGGCGAAUAUGAACGGCCUUGGGUGAACGACAAGCGGUUGAAGAGGAUCCGUGUGAACAAUUAUAUCAUCUGGGGGUUCCUUGUCGCCGGAUUGGCUGUCAGUGGUUAUAUCAAUUACCACGCAACGACACAAGUCCCCAAGCAUAACUAUUGUCUCAUCUUAGACGAUGAUUUCUCGUCCUUGGAUACGAGUGUGUGGACUCGUGAAGUUCAGGUCGGUGGCUUUGGCACUGGGGAGUUUGAGUGGACUACUACCGACGACCGCAAUGUCUUUGUAGAUGAGGAAGGUCUUCACAUUGUCCCAACUCUUACCACAGAUACAACACCCAUCACCGCGGCUGAGAUAACCAAUGGCUAUACGCUGAAUCUCACCAAAGCCGGCGGCGAUGGUACUUGCACAGGAACAACAAAUGAAGCAUGCUCGGUGCGCUCGAACAGUACAUUGGGAAAUGUAAUCAACCCAGUUCGCUCGGCACGUUUGAACACGAACGGCAGUAAAUCUAUCACGUACGGUCGUGUUGAAGUAGUUGCCAGAUUUCCAGCCGGGGACUGGCUGUGGCCAGCAAUUUGGAUGAUGCCUACGAAUAGUGCUUAUGGACCAUGGCCUGCCAGCGGCGAGAUUGAUCUUUCGGAAAGCCGAGGAAACGACAUCUCCUAUGUCAACGGUGGCCGGGAUGUCAUGUCGAGUUCCAUUCACUGGGGCCCGAACUCUGACUUAGACGCAUUCUGGCUUUCAACACGCGGCAAGUCCCUUCGCCGGACAGACUUUAGCAAAGAGUUCCAUACCUUCGGCCUUGAAUGGUCUGAGGAAUACUUGUUUACGUGGGUUGAUAAUCCACUCCAACAAGUCAUGUAUUGGUCUUUCCCCAAGAACACAAACAUGUUCCAACGCGGCCGAUUCACCGGCCGGACGGCGAACAAUUCUCUAGUGACCGACCCAUGGUCGCAUACUGGCAGACCAAACUCUCCAUUUGACCAACCUUUCUACUUAAUCCUGAAUGUCGCCGUUGGAGGUACGAAUGGGUGGUUCAAGGACGGCAUUGGGAAUAAACCCUGGACAGAUGCGGGCCAUGGUCCUGCAGACUUCUACGCUAGCAUGGAUCAAUGGUACCCCACUUGGGCUAACGGGUCCUCUCGUGGGAUGACCGUGAAGUCGGUCAAGAUGUGGCAGCAAGGCGCCUGUCCUUGA